UUCAGAAAUCACUAUAUUAGGUACUAGGCGUUUUGUAGUAAAAAUAUAAUAAACUAUGGCAUCAACUUCUGAUCAGAGUAACGCCACAAUACUUUUUAAACUCAGUAGAAAGCCAAUAAUUGAAGAUAAUUACCAAAACAUUGAAGUUGAUCAGGAAAACGAAAAUGAGUGUGGUGAAACUGUGAAGCUUCUCAGUAUUAUAUGCAAAAACGGCAAAAUUGGUGCUGCCUAUUAUGAUUUUCAGGAACAAAUGCUGUAUGCUUACGAAGAAAUGUUGGAUACAUCUCCAAAGUACCCAGUAACAGUCAACUUUUUUCGAGAAAUCGAACCUAGGUUCGUGUUAACUUCAGGAAGUAUAGCAGACGAGUUCAUAAAAGUUCUUAUAGACCUGGCUACAAAUGAAUCAAAUACUACAACAUCAGAUAGUAUUCAAACCAUACCAGCAAACUUUUUCUUAGUACCGCCCAGGGAAUAUUCUUACGAUAUAUGCAAAGUUAUGAUUUCGCAGCUGAAACUGCCGUCAAUUGAAGAUGAGCCAUCAGAAACAAAGAGAGAAUUAUACAUCCGUUCCCUUAUCGAUUUUGACAGUCGUUUGUCAAUACAAGCAAUAGGAACCCUUGUUAAAUAUCUAGAAAAAAAUUGGACUCAUUUCAAUAUUGAUAAAAAUGACUUGCAGUAUCUUCACAUAUCCAAGGUCUCAAGGAAAGACCAUGUGUUGAUUGAUAAUGCAACUUUCCGUGCCCUUCAUAUAUUCUCCAAACGUAGUCAUGAUGCCAGUUUCAAGCGUGGUGUGCCUUCUAGCAACAGAGAAGGUUUGAGUAUCUACAAAUUAUUUUCUAUGAAUUGCAAAUCAAAAGGUGGUUUAAUGUGCCUGAGAAAUAUGCUGUUGAGUCCCACAAAUAACAUAGAGGUGAUCAAUAAACGUUUAGAUUUCAUCAGUUUCGUGCUAGAACCUGGCAACAAAGAGUUUGUGGAAAGUUUACAGGAUAAUAUGAAACAAAUUGGUAGCGAUAUCAACGUUAUUUUAACGAGAAUUGGACAUUCAAGGGGCACUACUAGAGACUGGCAUGUCCUUUAUAAGACUAUACAUCAUACAAUUCAUAUAAACGAGCUCAGUUCACCGUACAGAGUGAAUUCUGCUUUGUUGGUGGAUCUUUAUAAUUCUGUUUCUUCUGAUCUAAUUGGUAUUGAGCAGUCUAUUGAGAAUGGUAUUGAUUUUAAUGCCAGCCAAAGAAGGGGAAGACCAAUUAUAAAAUUUGGAUUAGAUGCAGCCUUGGAUGCAAAAAAAUUGAGACAACAGGAUAUUGCAAAAGACAUAACAGCUGCUGCUAGAUUUGCUGCUAAUAACCUGCCAGAAUUUUUGGAGGAGUGUGCCGUCAUUUAUCUACCUGAAAUGGGACAUUUGAUUGGUAUUCAUGAAUGGGAACCAGGCUGUAAUCCCGAAGAGCUACAAGAUUUAGGAUUUCAGUUUAUGUUCACAAUAGGAGGUGUAAUUCAUUAUAAGAAUCCAAUGUGUGUGGAGCUAGACAAAAGACUUGGUGAUAUCAAUUCUGAGAUUAUAGACCAUGAAAAUCGGAUACUAAGGAGAUUAUCUGGUUUUAUUUUGAAGUACAACAAUGACAUUAGGGAGCCCCUGAAAAUCAUUGGACUUAUAGAUAGUUUGAUAUCAAUGGCGAUCACCUCUGCACAAAAUACAUAUGUUCGUCCUAUGCUCAACCAAAACAGUUACUUUGAGAUUGAAGAAAGCAGGCAUCCUCUCAUGGAACAUUUAUUGGACCACUUUCAGUGUAACGAUUUUUAUUCCGGUGGCCAGUAUAGCCACAUGAAAAUAAUCACUGGUCCUAAUGGAAGUGGCAAAAGCAUAUACUUGAAACAAAUAGCUUUGGUGGUGUUUUUAGCUCACAUCGGUUCUUAUGUUCCUGCCAAACGGGCCAAUAUCAGCUUGCUGAACACUAUUCACACUAGGCUACAGGCAACUGAAUCAGCCGCAGUUCGUCUUUCAGGAUUUAUGAUUGACGUUUCGCAGAUGACCAAUGCUUUGAACAACGCAAAUCCAUUUUCUCUCAUUUUGAUGGAUGAAUUUGGGAAAGGAACAACCGGCGAAGAUGGCAUAUGUCUCCUUGCAAGCGCAUUAAGAUACUUUCUCAAUAUGGGUACUAAAUGUCCUCAUGUUUUGGUGUCGACUCACUUUCAGCAAAUUGCCAAUUAUCUUCCUCAAACACCUUUGGUACAAUACAUGAAAAUGGAACACAAAAAGGAAAACGGACAAUUUUGCUAUCUAUUCAAAAUAUCAGAAGGAAUUUCUAAGAGUUAUGCCAUUACCAUAGCGGAAGCCGUAGGAAUAGAUAAAGACGUUAUAGAAAGAGCAAGAGAGAUUUUAGAAUGUUUGCGAAACAAUCAGCCUCUCCGGCCUUUGGAACGAAUUAGGAGAAGGAAUAAUUUUGACCCAGAUAAUUUGGAUCAGUUAAAUAUACCAGAAGCAGACAUUAUUGACGAGUAAUUUAUAUAAUUAAGAAUUUGUGAUUUGAUAUUGAAUAAAAAGAACAUUUUAAGUUUCAAAUUAACUGAAUCAUUACAAUCAGUGAGAAAUU